GCGUCCCGGCCCGUUUAAGAGGCCGCGCGCGGCUGGAGGAGGGCCGCAUCGGCGCUAUAAAGGGCGGUGGCGCGGCGGCAGCGGGGACAGCGGGGCCGCGGGGACGGCGGAGGCGGCUCCCGGUGCCGCCAUGGAUUUCAACGUGAAGAAGUUGGCGUCGGACGCCGGGGUUUUCUUCUCCCGCGCCAUGCAGUUCACUGAAGAAAAGUUGGGCCAGGCUGAGAAGACUGAACUGGAUGCUCAUUUUGAGAACCUUCUGGCCAGGGCAGACUGCACCAAGAACUGGACAGAGAAGAUCUUGCGCCAGACAGAGGUUCUGCUACAGCCAAACCCUAGUGCCAGAGUAGAAGAAUUCCUCUAUGAGAAGCUUGACCGGAAGGUGCCUUCCCGGGUCACCAACGGCGAGCUGCUGGCACAGUACAUGACAGAAGCAGCUAAUGACUUUGGGCCAGGGACACCUUAUGGGAAGACCUUGAUAAAAGUGGGAGAGACGGAGCGGCGCCUGGGCGCAGCGGAGCGGGACUUCAUCCACUGUGCCUCCAUCAACUUCCUCACCCCCCUGCGCAACUUCCUGGAAGGGGACUGGAAAACCAUAGCUAAGGAGAGGAGGAUCCUGCAGAACCGCCGCCUGGACCUGGACGCCUGCAAAGCCCGGCUGAAGAAAGCCAAAGCUGCCGAAGCCAAAGCAGCGGCUGUGCCUGACUUUCAGGAGACUAGACCUCGUAAUUACGUGCUCUCCGCCAGCGCCUCAGCGCUUUGGAGCGACGAGGUGGAAAAAGCGGAGCACGAGCUGCGGCUCACACAGACCGAGUUUGAUCGCCAGGCAGAGGUGACCCGGCUCCUGCUGGAGGGCAUCAGCAGCACCCACGUGAAUCAUCUUCGCUGUCUCCAUGAGUUUGUGGAGUCUCAGACCAACUACUAUGCUCAGUGUUACCAAUACAUGCUGGACCUGCAGAAGCAGCUGGGCAGAUUUUCAGGCACGUUCGUGGGCAACGCAGAAUCCACAUCUCCUCCCCCAGCUGCUGCCUCGCCUCCAGCCCUGGCUGCCGCCUCGCUCCCUGCUGUGCCCACCAUCCCCGUGGUGCCCACCGUUGUUGGGGUGCCCAGCACCGUGGCUGAGGCUGUCCUGAACCCCAGUGAAGUGAAGCCCCCGGCCAGCGGCACACGCAAGGCCCGAGUGCUCUACGAUUACGAAGCAGCUGACAGCACGGAGCUGGCGCUCCUGGCAGAUGAGAUGAUCACUGUGUACAGCCUGCCAGGCAUGGACCCAGACUGGCUCAUAGGGGAACGGGGCAACCAGAAAGGGAAAGUUCCUGUCACUUACUUGGAACUGUUGAGCUAAAUGUCUGCAGGAAGAAGAAUGUACAAGCAGAAUGCACCCCUCCUCCCCUGGCACUUCCAACGCGGGUUCCUCCAUCCGAGCCCACUGCUCUCUCCAGGGCUGACACUCCAUUGCUCCGAUGGCAAUUGUGGGAAAGAAGUGACAAAACUGUUACAGGAAGGUUUUGGGAAAGGGCUGAUGGCACCCAGGACUGGGUUUGUCCCCUGCAGCCUGCUUUGAGGUUUGUCCUGAUGGCACGAGAUCCCUGGCUGACUUUCCCCCCUGCCCUGUCCCGCUCCUCGCUGUGGCUCUCCCAGGGCCAGCACCCCCCUCCCUCAGCUGCUGCUCACAGGGUUUGGGUUUCACUUCCCUUGUGUCUGGUGUGGGUUGGUUCCUCUCUGCCCCUCCCUUCCUCUCUCCUUCAGCAGGAGCAUUGCCCAGGUCAAACCCUCCAGCAUUCCAGUGGGAAGUGGCCCACAAACCCUCUGACCCGUCCCAGCUCUUAAGGAAGCUGAAUGUGGGCACUCUGAGCCUGUUAAGCCCAUCCACCUCACUCCCCCAGGGGAGAACAGCAAUGGGAGGCUCUCCAGGAGCCCUGCUUGCUGUCAGGGUGCUUGGUGGCUUCCAUCUUGUCCUUUGAAGCUGGAAGGAAGCUUCUUUGUGAAGACCAACCUAAUCACAGGGCCUGUCUGUCAGAAACCAAACCUCAGUGCAAGGGACCAUGCAUCUUGCUUGCCUUUCCUCUGAGAAACUGCUCUUGGACUGCAAAGAGUUUACAAAAGCCUUUUUACAAGCUUUGCUCCCUGUGUUUCCUGUCCAGGCUUUUCUUUCAGCAGGACUGUUCCAGGCAUGUUUCAGCCUGACUUUCUUUUCAGCCAUUUAACCAACUCUCCCCUCCCACCUCAGCAGGGAACAGAGUUGGUGCCUCCCAGUGCAUUCAGGGCCAGUCCUGUUCCUGUCACCUCCUCCUCGGAGCUCUUCUUGGCCCUGCACACACUGAGGGAUCCCCACUGCCCUCCAGGUGGGUGGUGGUUUAGCUCUAAGUGCUUUUAAUCCUGUAACAAGCUCUUUAGAGCUCAUCUACACAACUUCCACUGCUGUGGAAUGAGUUUCCCACUGAAACUGGACGGAAGAGAAAGUCACCUGCACCAAGCUCUGUGUUCACACCCUUCCCCUUGGUAUGUCACAACCACCUUGGCUUGUUUCUUGAUCUUUUUGCACUUUCCCCACCAGUAUUGUGACCACUCUAAUGUAACAGGGCACUGAGCCCCUGUCUCUGUAGGGCUCGUGGUUUUCAGCACUUAUUUGCCAAUAAACAAACUGCCUGAG